AUGGGUUCCUCCACCCUAGAGUCUUUCUCGGCGCCAACACAAGCCUAUUCGUUUGAUGGUCUCCUUUUUGAUUUUGAUGGGACCAUUGUAGACUCGACAGAAGGUUCCGAAUUGAACUUAGACCCCGAAACGAUUCUAAAGACAUCCCACGGGCGAAGAAGUAUAGAUGUCCUGAAAAUCAUUGCUCCACAUAAAGCCAACUGGGAAUACGUCAGUUACAUUGAAGGGCAGAUUCCUAAAGACUACGGCAAAAAUGCUGUGGAAACACCAGGCGCACGAAAGCUUCUGAAAGAUUUAGACGAUGCCAACGCCCCCUGGGCUGUGGUUACUUCAGGAACCAGGGCCCUCGUCACUGGGUGGCUGGACGUCAUGAAACUCGCACUACCCAAGUACAUGGUUGUCGCUGAGGACGUGGAAGUAGGCAAACCAGACCCAAGAUGUUACUUGAUGGGCCGCUCGCACCUUGGUCUAGGAGACGGAGCUGAAAUGCUGGUGAUUGAAGAUGCAGCUUCGGGUAUCAGGGCUGGCAAAGCGGCGGGAUUCAAGGUUCUGGCGCUGACGACGACCCAUAAAGUUGAUGAGCUGAAAGAGGCUGGGGCAGAUUGGAUCGUUCAGGAUCUGCGAAGUGUUACACUAAAGGGCUUCAAUGGAAAGGUGGUGAUUGAGAUCUCAAAUGCUUUGCAGUAA